AUGUCAAGCAAUCGUGGCUCGGCGAGUGCUCUCGGCGGUGUGGUUGCUGCUCCGGUAGCGACGAAGAAAGCGUUGCCGACGCAGUGCAAAGCGGCGGUCAAAUGGGCGGACGAUACCGCGUUGUUGGCUGUGAACGGCGCGUAUCUGCCUGCAGCACCUCGUGUGGACGGAGAGGGUUACGCCGAUGCGUGCGCCGACGGCUUGCUGGGCGACUUCGAAUGGUCUCGCGAACCUCAGCCAUGGGACCACACGUCUCCGUACACGGCUUACUUGGAGGUCCCGACGUCUCGAGAGGAGAAAAGCAGACUGCGGUUCAGAAUGCUCACCUUCGACGAUCUCGAAAAGGAGGCUGGACGGGAAGACGGGAACCCCACCGAAGUUGCGUACGGAUGGCAGCAAGGAACGUACCGGGUCAAGACAGCUCUGUGGGAGAAGAUGAGGAAGAGGGCGGAGGACUUGGGCAAAAGUUGCGAGAGGGCGACAAGGGUGUUUCGCUACGCAUACAGCAGCGAGAUCCAUCUGGUUCACGAGGGAAGCGUGGUCCGCAGGUUGUGCAAGAACCUCCGCCCUCCGACGCGCGACGUUAUGGACAUGAUGCUGACGCUGGGCAUCUUGCGAUGGGGGAAGCUGCGCACAUUCGCCGAUCUCACUCUGUGCAACCGGGCACACCAACGCGCGAUUGGAGUGGUAACGGCGUACCUGGACUUCCUCUCGGACUUGCUGCCUCCAGGUCCGAACGGCCCCCUCAUCCGCCGCGGGGCGCCGCGAGGGCACGAGCCUGUGCGGCGCGGGGUCAUCCUCAUCGGAGAGGAGAUCGAUUCGAUGCUGGGUUGGUACACGCGGGUGAACAUACCCGUGUAUGCGCUCGUGAGCACCAACGAGUUCGACAUACCGGCCGAGCUCUUCAAGCCAGCCAGCGAGCCGCGGUGCAGCAGGGAGAGAUCUGCGACGUUCGGCGAUUUGAAGCAGAAGAUGCUGCGUGCGCGAUGGUACGCGCCGUUGCGCUCGGACUACCGGUACAUCGAGCUGAUCGGGAGAGGAUACGUAACUCGGAGCGACGAACGCGAUUAUAAGCUGUCCGAUCAGCAGACUAGCUUGAAGCGCAGGGGUGAGAAUAUAGACGCAGCUCACAAGCGCGCUCGGGAUGUGAGAGGGAGAGUGGAGAGGCAGCUGCAGAGCCGCUUCCCCGUCUUGGGCUCCUCCGUACAGCGAUACGCCAACCUCGUGGAGAGGUCACCGGCUCUCCAGCGCGUCUUCGCGCAGAAGCCGAGAGAUGCAGACAUGCCCCAGCCCUUGCCCGCCUAUGCGGCGGCAGAGUUGCGCGCGAGUCAGGAUCUAAACAUCCUCGCCGAAGCUUUGAAACAUCCGUUCGAUCCAAACGCCGCUGGCACGGAGGAGCGCAACUGGCGAGCGAGCGAGGAGGAGAGGGAGCGGGUGUUGCAGGAGGCCGCCGUCAAGUUCGCGUCCGAGCGAAAGCUGCUGACUUUCUUGCCGCCGUUCACCGUUCUCACAAACUGUGAGAGUUGGGAGAAGACGGUGGCGUAUGCAGUGAGUGCUGUACGGAUGCUCCCCCUCUUCCUCGAUCGCGUGAGGCUGGCGCGCACGGACGCCGACGUCAAGAGGUUGACGACUCAGGACUGGAGAGGCGUUUUGGGCGGGCAGUACUUCAAGAACGUGUGGAGGCAGAGGCAGCUGGACAAACAUUUGGGCGUGCACGGGAAGGAGAUUGAGAGCAGGAUCAGGUUGCGGGAGAAGGAAGAGGAGGCGAAGGCAAAGGGGGAGGGAAAGCAGUUGACGAAGCGGGAUCUCAAGCGGAUCCGGGCGGAAGAGGAGAAGAGGGGGUUGCAGUUCGAGGAGUACGAUCACGGGCGCUUCUGGAAGUACGGCGAUGACGUUUUCUUCGGAAAGGAUGAGUCUGCUCGACUGCAGUCACAGCCGUCGUCGCGGCCGCGCACGGGCGUGUUACCUUGCGGUUGUGAGCCGACGAUCGAGCUCCUGAAGGGUGACCGCUUGCUGGUGUCCGGCAUCCUGUUCCUCAUGAACACGCUCGUGCUAGUCCACUGGCUGGCUGGCUUGCUCGACGACGAGGUUGCGGAGAGGGCCGGGAUACCUCGGAUCGCCGAUGCGGGAGGAGAGCAUCGUACGCCCGACCUGACUUCCGCGGCGGAGCGCGAGGGAUUCGUGAGGGAGAGGAUACUGCCGGCGUUGAGGUGUGAUGGGCUUGGCGGGGACUAUUGGCCUACGCUUUCUCGUGAGGCGGCCUCGGAUAGGGGAGGGGACUGGGCUCACGGUCUUCUGUGGAUCCUCGAGCAUUCGCCGUACGGCGCGACGCUGGACAGGGAGAAGCGGUUCGACGACUACUGGCUGUCGUUGGAGGGCAUCAGGUCUGGCGCGGACAAAGUGCAGGAACUGGAGUUCGACGCUCAUGUCCUCCAUCGAUACUUCCUGGCUUCCUUCAAGAGAAGACAGUGGCCCUUCGAAAUAUUGGACAGGCCUCUAGCCGGCGCCUUCAAGUGCGAAGCGUGCAGGGCUUCGAGCCCGCAGGAGCAGCAUGUCGAGACCGGUGGAGAGUCCGCCCUGUCAAAGGAUGACGGGCUCGUACACUACGGGUACGAUUCAGACUUGUCCAACGAGGAGUCGGAUAACGAGGGCAUGAGCGAUUAA